UGAGCGAGCUCUUCUUUCUUGCUUGCAUUGCUUUUUUCUUCAAUAACCAGAGACUAUUCGACCAAACAGAAAAAAAAAAAAGAAAAAAAAAAACACAGCUGGGCAAGGAUACUCAUACUCGUCACUAACAGUACCGUACAGACUACCUACCAAUGUGAACGCAACGAGAUAACAAUAACAAAAUAUUUUGUUAGAUGCAGGAUAAACCAACUCAUCACAAACUCAAGCCGACAAGGAGAAAUCGUCAACAAGAUUACCAACCUACCUGGGCACCUAGGAAGCUUGACCGCCUUCGACAAGAACAGAAAGAGACUGCUAUACUCGGAAGCAUUGCAUAUGCAGAGAAAGAGCACCUGCUAUAUCGUUUGCAAUUAAUACCCUCAAGUCGGAGGAAUCAAUUCUCAAAGUGGCUGAUCAACAAUCAGCAGGAUUCGUCCCCUCUUCCUAUUCCCGUGCAUCUUUUGGCCCGAAGUGGUUGCCUGCCUGUCAGCUUACUAUUUCUCCGCAGUGUAACUGCAAAGUAUUUCUCCAUGCUUCGCGGGAGGUUUUUCCCUAGCAAAGCCUAGCAAGCCUAGCAAGCCCAGCAAGCCUAACUCAUCCCGGAGCAUUGGACCACGUUGUGAGAUCUUCUUUUAGAAGUUCUAUCUGAUUCUUGUGCUACCGCAUCGUCUCUUUUUUUUUUCUAUUUUCGAC